GUCUAAAAUAAUUGUAAAGCGUCAAUGCAAGAACAGUUCACGUAUAAGUCCUUUGGGCUUAGCGCUGAUGUUCGCAGACAAGGCUGGGCACAAUGGAUGAAAAACGAGGCGUCUUUAGGCAGAACAUUUCUACCUGAAGUUCGCUCAUUCUUUUUAUCUCAUAUGGACCAAAAAAAUUCAUCCGACUCUCCUACUCAUUGAAAUCAGUUCUACCAACCCAGUGACAGCAUACUCUAGCGAGAAGAAUGGGAGAAAGCUUGGAUAGCACCAAUCAGGGGGGAGCGCUGGAUAAGUUUUUCGACUGCAAGAUUUGCAAUGACAUUUGGCGCCGUUUUGAAGAUCCCAAAUCUACACAUGAGAUCAGUCUAGGACGUCAGGAUGCAGCUUCUUCUAAAUGUCCCAGACACACUCCUCUGGUGGAGCAAUUCAAAGAAUAUUGCGGCGAUGAACGCCAAUGCGAUGACAUGGGAAUUAGAGAGGGUUAUGGAGAAGGAAGCCUUUGCAUAAUCGAAUCAUUGUCUGAUUUUGGCAUCUAUUGGGACCUUUUACUUGUCAAGCAAGAUUCCGACCCUGGCCACGUCGGGACUGGUCGUAUUUUAGAUCCUGACUGGGCUGAUCUCGAUAUCGUCAAGCGGUGGAAGACCCAGUGUCUCUCGUCUCAUGGUGCGAAGUGCCACAACCCCAUGAAGAUCUGGCCGACACGACCUGCCUGGCUUAUCGAUGUUGAGGAUAAAUGUGUUAUUCCUGGGCAGGAUUGUGGUCCUUUUGUCGCGCUAAGCUACAGUCAUGGAGAACCUCCAGUGCUCAAGGUGGACGCUAACGACAUGGUCAAGCUUCAGGAGCCUCUUGGCCUGGAGAAUCCGGAAAUAUCAAAAUAUCUAUCCCCGGAAAUUCGACACGGCAUAUGCCUGACUUCUGCAAUUGGGGAACGUUAUCUCUGGGCAGAUGGCCUGUGUAUUGUCGACGGACAUAGUGCCACCACGGAAGCUCAGUCAGACAACAUCGGUGCGAUAUAUGCAAGUGCCAUUGUUACCCUUAUUGCUGCAGAUGGACACUCAAAGGAUGGAAUCCCAGGACUGAAAGAUGUCUCUCCUCCUCGGAAGCUAGAACAACGGGUCAUUCCAUUUGGGAACGAGAAAAUCAUCGUUCGAAACACGACCUUAUUCUCGAUCGGUGGAGGUACUCCAUACUACGAAGAUGGUCGGACAUACCAAGACUACAAAAUGUCUCCGAGAAAGAUCCUUUUUCAUAAUAAGGCGGUGCAUUGGGAGUGUCAGUGUAGCCAAUGGCAUGAGGAGUUGACCCCCGGAGAUGAGGUUUACAGCUACCUUGACCCGCGAUUGGCAGUUAUGUUGGCUGGCUUUCCGGACAUAGAGGCGCUUAGCCACACGAUAUCGAAUUACAACAGACAGGAGAUAAUCUACGACGAGGAUGCUCUCCCAGGCUUCCAAGGCAUCCUUUCCGUACUAAGUCGCUCUUUUACUGGUGGGUUUCUCCAUGGGCUCCCAGAGAUGCUAUUCGAUCGAGCUCUAGGUUGGAAACCGCACUGGAGUCACACAAACCUCCGACGAAGACGCCAGUCAAAAAAAUCCAGCAACAUUCAAUUGGCGUUGCCGUCUUGGUCGUGGGCUGGAUGGCAGGGGAUGGUACACACUAGUGCUGAAGCCGCUAAUAUAAACCACCGACAGGAUACGAUAUCAGAAACAAUUCCAAUAACCGAGUGGUAUACCAGCAAAUCCCCAAGUGACUCCCCACUACGGAGAAUCCGAUCCACAUGGUAUGAGAAUCGCGACUCCUACAAAGACUUCACGAAGCCUUUGCCGGCGGGUUGGACUCGGUACGAUGUGCCUGCAGACAGGAUGGCAGAGGAUCAACCGUGGCUUCAUCCAGAUGGUUGUGGUGACUAUUUCUUCAAAUACAGCGGCAUGCCCGAAGAAGAUUAUUGUCACUCGUGGUAUUUUCCUUUUCCAGUCCCAGACAUCCAAGACUGCACUCCACCAUUCUCACCCGAGCAAACGACAUAUCUUUUCUGCAAAACGAAAAAAGCUCACAUCUGGGCUAAACGAUCCGGGAAAUAUAACAUCUUAAACCUAUGCACCAGAGCAGGCGAUGAAAUUGGAAAGUUGCACCUGCACAAUGAAGAACAGCUAGCCCUCUUUCCCGAGAAUGUGGCAGAUGGCGAACCAGGGACGCAAGUUGAGCUGGUUGCCAUUUAUCGAUUGAAACUUUAUGCAAAGACUUUCAAUAUGGAGGAAGAGAAGUGCACGUUUCCUUUGAGAUCAUGGGAGAGAUAUGAAGUGCUCUGGGUGGAGUGGAAGGAGGGAGUGGCAUACCGUCUUGCGAUUGGGCAUGUGACAAUAACAGCACCCAUCGAAACCAAAUCUAGUCUCCCCCCAACCUUCACCGCACCACCCUCCUUAUCCUUCCCCUCAGCAGCAGCCCCAGAACCCCCAGUCGCACCAGCCGUACUCGACGCCUUAGAAGGCGCCACAUACUUUCCCCCAUACACAUCAAACAUCAAACAAGCCGUCGGCAAUGGAUAUUCCGUUUCAGCCAGCACAUACUGCGCCGCGGCCUUAGCACUAAACUCAACAACCUCCGCCUCGAAUUCCGCCAAAACGCCCAUAUUCGCCUGCACGGAGGGGACGAUGCUGGUUAGAUUACCGAAGACGUUGUCAAGUGCUGAGCUGAUGUCGGUUGAUGGGUCGGAUGCUGCCUCGCAGUUUUCAUUCACGUUGCUUAGUUGCGUGAUGUUUACGGAUAGUUUGGGGAGUUUGAGAAAGGCGCCGAUACCGCCUGUUGCGGAGCCUGCGAUUGUGCUUAUUCCGAGGAGGAUUUGGGGUGUGAAUGAGGCGGACAUUAUGAGGGAUAGGAUGGCUGAGGAAGACUGGAAUGGGAGGGCGUGGAAGGUUGUUUCGUUGCUGUGGAAUGUGUGAAAGCCUGAUAUAGAAGAGCUGGAGAGAUCGGUCAUGUUGACAGUGAUUUUCGAAUCAUCGGGUACAGAAAGGUUAAAGCCGUAUGUGAAUCCCAUUUCCCC